GUGGUACGGUAGGAAUAAGGGUCCGGGGAUGGUGGGAGGGAGCCAGCUGGAGAACGCGAAUCCGCUCAUUUACCGGCGGGCGGGGGAGCGGCAGGUCACAGCGCAGGAGGAGGAUGAGGACGCGCCGGACCGGAUCGAUGACCGGGAGAUCUUUGAUCUGAUUCGCUGUAUAAAUGACCCGGAACACCCACUUACGCUGGAGGAACUAAACGUGGUUGAAGAAAUUCGAGUGAAGGUAAGUGAUGAGGAGAGCACAGUGUCCGUCGAGUUUACCCCGACCAUCCCGCACUGCAGUAUGGCAACGCUCAUCGGCCUCUCCAUUAAAGUAAAGCUCCUGCGCUCUCUGCCCGAGAGGUUUAAGGUGGACGUCCAUAUAACUCCCGGCACGCACGCCUCUGAGCACGCAGUGAACAAGCAGUUGGCCGACAAGGAGCGCGUGGCCGCCGCCCUAGAGAAUUCCCAUUUGCUGGAAGUCGUCAACCAAUGCUUAUCCGGCAGAUCCUCUGCUUAAAUCAGCCGUUCUGCUGGGGGGUUAUGGGUACCCAGCAUGCACUCCUGCCGCUACAUGUGACCUUUAAACAGGAAAAGGCAAAGUCAGGCCCGGACUGGGAUUUAGAAUAGACCCUGACAUAUCAAGUACACCGAGGCCCAAACAGCCCCCCCACCGGCCCAAUAAAUAGUGACUGCAGCCCCUCUGGCAUUGGCCAGAACCCACAGAUUGCCAGUCCGGGCCUGGGCAGAGACUCAGUCCAUUCAGGGUGUCACUGUAAUGUCCCAGUCAUGUUCUGCUCUGUGUGGGUGGAUUAGUGAUGUGUAGGCCAACAGAUAACCGGCCCCCGCCCCACAAACCCAUUUCCAACUAGGCUGCAAAUCAGCGUCUGUUUACAUAGACCCCGCCUUCCCCAUCUCUGAUGUCAUGAAGGGGGUGGGGCAGAGGGGGUACCGUUAGGUCGUGGGUGGGAAUAGCUCAGCUUAAACCCGCCCCCAACCUGAAUAUGUUGUGCAAGUGCCGACCCCCACGGGUUUUGGGAGGUCCACACAUCAUUAAUACAGAGCAGGCUGUUAUAAUGUGUAUAUAAUAUAUAUUGUGGGUGGGGCAUACGCACCACUAUUUCCAGAACAGGACUGGGAAAUUAAUGUUUCACCCUAAAUGGAUCGAGUAUAAUAAUGAUAGGAACUGGACUUAUUUUCAUUGAGAUUAAAGUGUUUUUGUUA